AUGUCUUCUUCCAAAGUCUGGUUUGUUACCGGCGUUUCGUCGGGCUUCGGCCGCACACUGACCGAACUCGCGCUCAAGAGCGGCGACAAGGUCGCAGCGACGCUGCGCAAGCCCGAGGCCAUCUCCGACCUCGCGUCAAAAUACUCCGCCGACGUCCUCUUGCCGAUUCAGCUGGAUGUGACGAAGCACGAGCAGGUCAAGGCCGCGUUCGACAGGGCACUCACGCACUUUGGGCGGAUCGACAUUGUGUUCAAUAAUGCGGGUGUGGACGUCAUGUCCGAGGUCGAGACGAUGGUUGAGGCGGAUGCGCGGGCGAUGUUCGAGGUAAAUUUUUGGGGUGCGGCGUUCGUUACGCAGGAGGCACUCCAUGUGUUCAGAGAGGAGAACAAGCCGCAGGGAGGGAGACUUUUGCAGGUGUCGUCGGGUGGGGGAGUCGUGGGCCUUCCGGGAAAUGGGUUCUACGCUGCUACGAAACAUGCGCUCGAGGGACUCAGCGAGUCAGUAGCGAAGGAGAUUGAUCCCGCCUGGAACAUCAAGAUAACUCUCCUCGAGUUCGGGGUAUUCCGAACCCAGAUAAUUGGUGAUAACGCGAAGAUCCUUCCUCAUCACCCGGCGUACGACAAUGAAAGUCUCGCGGGAUACCAGUUCCACAAGCACGUCAUGAGUCCAAAUGUUAGGGGAGACGCAGAGAAGGCGAUGAGCCAGGUGUUGAGGCUAUCGCGGCUCGAGGACCCACCAAUGCGGCUGAUGCUGGGGAAUGAUGUGUCUCCGAUCAUUCGCGACAAGUUGAGGGUUUUUGGUGGAGAGUUGGAUAAAUACGAGUCGUGGUCGGCAGACCUUGAUGUAGAUGAGUAA